UUAUCUGGUCCUUGCAGUGAGCAGGCGCCUCUUGCCCAGCAAGCAGGAAGACAUGGCUGCGGGGGAGACGCAGCUGUAUGCCAAGGUCUCCAACAAGCUCAAGGGCCGCAACACCUCCUCGCUCCUGGACCCCCUCCUGGCCAUGGGCUUCCCCACACAUACCGCGCUCAAAGCGCUAGCAGCGACAGGGAGGAAGACGGCAGAGGAGGCAGCAGACUGGCUGCAUGGCCACUGCAAUGACCCUUCUCUGGAUGACCCCAUCCCCCAGGAGUACGCUCUCUUCCUCUGCCCCACCGGGCCCUUGCUGGAAGACCUCCAAGAGUUCUGGAGGGAGAGCAAACGUCAGUGUGCGAAGAACAGGGCUCAUGAGGUCUUCCCUCAUGUGACACUCUGCGACUUUUUCACGUGUGAAGACCAGAAGGUGGAGUAUUUGUAUGAGGCUCUGAGGCGUGCAGGGAGCAGAAUCCUGAACUCCUUCCCUGCCCUGGUUCCUCUUGUUCUCCAUUCCUCCAUCAGCUACCUCGGCUUCUUCAUCAACGACAGCCCUGCUGACGUCAUCAGAGAAUUUGCCAUGGCGUUUGCCUCAGAGGCCUCAGUCUUGGCAGACUGCACCGUCAAGCCCUGCACCAAGCAACUACACCUGACCUUGGCCCACAAGUUCUACCCUCACCAUCAGAGGACCCUGGAGCAGCUGGCCAGAGCUAUCCAGCCCAGUCACACCUGCCAGUGGACAGCUGCCCUGUACUCCCGGGACAUGCGUUUUGUGCACUACCAGACCCUGAAGGUGCUGUUCCAGUACAAACCCCAGAAUGCGGAUGAGCUAGUCCUCAGUCCUGGUGAAUACAUCUUCGUGGACCCCACUCAGCAGGAGGAAGCCAGUGAGGGCUGGGCCAUCGGGAUCUCACAUCGGACUGGCUGCCGGGGCUUCCUGCCAGAGAACUACACCGAGCGAGCCAGUGAGGCUGACACCUGGGUUAAGCACAGGACAUACACGUUCAGUCUAGCCAUGGACCUGAACUCCAGGAAGGACGGUGACGCCAGCAGCAGAAGAAAUGGGGAGUUCCACCCUCCAUCCAUGUCAAGGAACAUUAGCAGCAUUCAGGCUCUGCAGGCUACCAUCAUGAGGAGAGGGAUGCUGGUAAUACGCCAUGGGGAGAGAGUGGACCAGGUCUUUGGGAAGUCGUGGCUACAGCAGUGCACUACCGCCGACGGAAAAUACUACAGGCCGGACCUGAACUUCCCCCGCAGCCUGCCCAGGAGGAGCAAUGGCAUCAAAGACUUAGAAAAUGAUCCGCCUUUAUCAUCCUGUGGAAUUUUCCAGGCCAGACUUGCUGGAGAGGCUCUGCUGGACAGUGGCAUCAGAGUCACUGCCGUCUAUGUGUCACCAGCCCUGCGCUGUGUGCAGACAGCCAAGCACAUCCUGGAAGAACUCAAACUUGAGAAGAAGCUGAAGAUAAGAGUUGAGCCUGGAGUCUUCGAAUGGAUGAAGUGGGAGGCCAGCAAGGCCACUCCAACCUUCCUGACCUUGGAGGAGCUGAAAGAGGCGAACUUCAACGUUGACCCUGAUUACAGGCCUGCCUUCCCCCGCUGCUCCCUCAUGCCAGCCGAGAGCUAUGACCAGUACGUGGAAAGGUGCGCCGUGAGCAUGGGACAGAUCAUCAGCACGUGCCCCCAGGACAUGGGUGUCACCCUCAUCGUGAGCCACAGCUCAGCACUCGACUCCUGCACUAGGCCACUCCUCAGGCUCCCACCCAGAGAAUGUGGAGAUUUUGCCCAGCUGGUAAGAAAGAUCCCAUCUCUGGGGAUGUGUUUCUGUGAAGAAGACAAAGAGGAAGGAAAAUGGGAGCUGGUGAACCCGCCAGUGAAGACACUGACCCACGGGGCCAACUCGGCCUUUAACUGGAAGAACUGGAUCUCCAGCCACUGAGCCAACCCCAGCUCGUCAGCAAGAAGUGACUGCGCCAAGCCAAGGCAUGAGGCUGUGAUGAUGAUUACAGAGGCAUCCUAGUCCCUUGUCUGCUGCGACUUGGAGAAGCACAAAAUACACUUGAUACUCGGGGGUAUUGCCAUGGCUCAUGCCUUGGUUACUGCCAGCUGUGGACCUGCUACCCUGCCAGCCUGACUUUGGAAGUCAGAGCGGAAGUCCGGAUUAGCACACCACAUUGCGACAUGCGUGCUGGGCUGAAGAGAACAGAGGAACAGCCUUCCUUCCAGGAACUAAAGACUCCCCACCCCCACACUCGAAGAUGCCACCCUUCUAUUUUGUAUGCUCUCAGGAGCCCUCCUUCCUUCUGUGGCCAUCACUCUUUAGCCAGGGCCACACCAGUUGAAAGAGGAACGGUGGUCAAUAAAAGAAACGGCCCACCAGAUCAAAACCAGGACAGCCGCCCGCACCAGCAUGUGUGUAUUGGCUCCUGCUGGGACACAGUGCUGCCAGCAUGGUUGUGAUCUGUGAUCGUAGCAGCACAAAAUUCCUAACGCACAUGGACUAGUGUGUGGCUCUGGAGGUCAGUGUGGGCUGUGUUCCUCCAUGGAAGAGAGAGGACCCCUCCUCAGCCGUCUCCAGAAUCCAGAGGCAUCUGUACUUCCUGCCAUUAUAUUUAUAAUGUUCUAUUGCAAAUCAAUCAAUCUAGGGAGGCUCUAAGGCAUGGCUACACAGCUCCUGCCUUAAGCCUCCUGCCUCCUCCUCACAAAAGACCCUAGGACGAAUUUCUCAGUAACCUAGAAUCUUCUGCCGUCUCAAGAUCCUUGACAACCAUGCCUUCAAUGUCCCUUAGCCACAGAGGUCACAGAAUUAGGACAUGCGUGUCUUUGGAGGCUGUUCUCCAACCCGCCUCAGCCUCUGUCCGUCCAAGCACAUUAUGGCUAUUGCUCAGGGUCUAGACAUAA